UGGCUAAUUAGAGCCAUCAGAACUAAAUUCAUUCCCUCUAGAUAUAUAUAAAUUGUUACCGUAUAUGGUUGUUGUUUGCCUUAGUUGAUGAUCUAGCUUAGCCAUGUCUUCAAAGCCGGCAACCACCCUCUUCCCAUCCAUAGAAAAAUGUGACACCACCGUGGACCGCGAGUCCAUUGCGGCGGACCUCGACGGCACCCUUCUAAUCUCAAGUUCUUCCUUCCCUUAUUUCAUGCUUGUAGCCAUGGAGGCUGGCAGCCUCUUACGCGGGCUGGUCCUCCUCCUGUCUUUCCCCCUCAUAGCCAUUGCUUACAUAUUUUUCUCCGAAGCCUUAGCUAUCGAAAUGCUCAUUUUCAUCUCCUUUGCCGGGGUUAAAGUUCGAGACAUCGAGCUCGUUUCCCGGGCGGUGCUGCCGAGAUUCUAUGCAAAUGUUGUGAGGAGAGAGAGUUUUGAGGUGUUUGAUAAGUGCAAGAGAAAAGUGGUGGUGACCGCGAAUCCAACGAUCAUGGUGGAUCCCUUUGUGAAGGACUUCUUGGGGGCCGACAAAGUUGUUGGAACUGAGAUUGAAGUGAAUCCUAAGACCAAAAGAGCGACAGGGUUUGUGAAGAAACCUGGGGUUCUGGUGGGGAAAUGGAAAAGGCUGGCCUUGUUGGAGGAGUUUGGAGAUGAAAAGCCUCAUGUUGGGAUUGGAGAUCGCGAAUCCGACCACGAUUUCAUGGCCAUUUGCAAGGAGGGCUAUAUGGUGUACCCCAGCAAAUCAUCACGUCCUCUGCCGUUGGAUAGAUUAAAAAGUCGACUGAUCUUUCACGAUGGACGGCUAGUGCAGUGUCCGACCCCACUCAACGCCUUGAUCACCUACCUCUGGCUGCCAUUCGGAUUCGUCCUCUCAAUCUUCCGGGUCUACUUCAAUCUUCCCCUCCCAGAACGCAUCGUACGCUACACUUACCCCAUGCUGGGGAUCAAACUUGUGAUCAAGGGGACCCCACCACCGGCUCCAUCCGACGGCUCUCCUGGCAACCUCUACGUCUGCAAUCACCGCACAGCCCUUGAUCCCAUCGUGAUAGCCAUCGCCCUCGGACGCAAGGUCUCGUGUGUCACCUACAGCGUAAGCAAGCUCUCCAGAUUUCUCUCGCCAAUCCCAGCCGUCGCUUUGACGCGUGAUCGUGAAGCUGAUGCCGCCCGCAUCAAAUCCCUGCUCCAGAAGGGGGACCUCGUGGUCUGCCCAGAAGGCACCACGUGUCGGGAGCCUUAUUUGCUGAGGUUUAGUGCCUUGUUUGCGGAACUGAGCGACAGGAUUGUGCCCGUCGCAGUCAACCAGAAGACCAACAUGUUCCAUGGCACGACCGUGAGAGGAGUCAAAUUCUGGGACCCGUACUUUUAUUUCAUGAAUCCAGCGCCGACGUAUGAGGUUACAUUUCUGGAUAGGUUGCCGGAGGAGAUGACGCGUAAGGCCGGCGGGAAAUCGGCAAUUGAAGUGGCGAAUCAUGUGCAGACGGUUUUGGCUGGGGUGUUGGGAUUUGAGCGCACUCAAUUGACCAGGAAGGAUAAGUAUCUGUUACUAGGUGGGAAUGACGGAAAGGUGGAGUCCAUGUAUGGUAAGAAGCCAAACGGCAGUACCUAGAAUUGCCGGUUAGUUCAAGGUUUCUGCUCUGGUAAUUAAUACUAGCAUUUAAGGUGUGGUACACAAAAAAAAAAAGCUGCUUCGUAUUGGUUGGUUAUGUCUAGUACUGAUUUAUAAAGAGCGCAUGCUGUCAGUUCUUGAAAAGUAUGAUUUGUGGACAUACAUGAAACAUUUCUCUAUUUUUGUGUAAUGAAGGGUAUUCUUCUUGUUAUUUGGUUGACUCAAACUUGGCCAAUACUGUGUUCAAGUUGAGUUCCAACUAUUUGAUAA